GCUGCCGCUUGGUUGGUGGGGGCUUUCGUCGCUCGUGAUUUACUCGUGGUGGUUGGUUCGUGGCGCGAUCGAACGUUGGGUCACCGAUCCAGACCGAUACUAACCGAUCUUAACCGAUCCUCCCGCUUGAAUAUGCAUAACACUUAAUGUUCCAAUAGCGCGAAAUAUAAAGACAACACACAAAGUGACGGAGUGAGCGUUACAUGCUGCGGUUUGGCAGCUACAUGUACAUAUACAACGUGAACCGCUCUGCCACAUCUACAUAUUCGCGUUACGUGACGUAACAGCGUACUUUUUGUUAUUGUUUGGCCUGCUACCCAAACGUGUGACUAUAUAUACGUAUAAAUAUAAUACAUAUAUACAUAUGUACGUUUUUCAUGAACGCGUUCGUGAUCUUUGAAGCAAAACAAAGCCAAAGCCAAAAACCGAAGCAAUUUCACCGCAACGAAAAGCAACAUAAUCAUUGGUUUUCUAUACCUACGCGAACUUGAUCAUGUAAAAGCCCGUGAAAUAUAGACAUAUAGCGGUUAUAUAGUGAUUACUUUCAUUCAACGUCAUGGCUUAUAAUUGAUGUAAAUGUGAAUGCAAAUAUAUAAAUGGGAAUGUAAAGUGAAAACAACGACUAAACUUGGGUUCAUUCUCAGCGGUUCUAAAGGCACUGUGUGUCCGUCGGUCAUGUCCAAAUACGGCUGCUAUGGAUCCAAUUUUCUUCUCGCAAACGAAUGGUAUACCGUCAGAGAGUAAACUUGCAACAUAUAUGAAUCGACAGAAUGUCGCCACACCGAGCGGUUAUGGGCUGAAUAACGGGUUCUCACUUCUUAAUUUGGAUUCGCCCUUAAAUAAAAAGUCCCAGGUCACACCGCAGUCGCCCGAGUUCAUUCCAACGCGCAUUAACUCGUCGCCCAACUUUUACGCACCAUAUCACAACGCACCCAUGCAAUUGAGUAAUGGGCUCAGUGGCGUCAAUGGGUUAACAGCCGCAGCAGCAGCAGCAGCCGCAGCAGCAGCCGCCGCGGCCGCCUCAGUGCCCUCAUCCACAACGUCGGUAUCCUCGGCCGCCUCUGUGACCAUUAGCAAAACGGCCAACGGUGGUGCCUCCAUGCUCUCCUUGCAGAAGACCGCCUCCAUUGCCACUGUCAACAUCGCACAACAGCAACAACAACAGCAGCAGCAGCAGCAACAGCAGCAGCAACAACAGCCGCAGCAUUCCCAAAAACAGCAACAGCAGCAGCCUCCGCCACUACAGGUGGGCGGUGGAGCAGUGUCGGCUGUCUCCGCCCCCAUAGCAAUCAGUGGCGCUCCACCGAAUCCCGCCGCCGCUCCAUUUGUCAGCAUGUCCGCUCAAACACCGCUAAAGGGACGAGGAGGAAUGUUACGCCAGGAAUCACCCACGGCGGCCAUGCUGGCGGGUGGUGGACCCGGCGAAAAGUCACCACCGCACGGUAUGACGCCGCACGGAGCCUCACCCAUACCCACAACAUUACCCACGAGCGUCCAUCAGGAGAAUGUCGGCGGCACCAUUUACUUCUAUCCAACUGCCAACGCACAGAAUAGCCAGCCUGUUGUCAAUUCCGUGGUGGUGGAUACAACGCAUCCAGCCCACCAUGGCGUCAGUGCUGUGGCGCCAAUGAGCGCCGUUGGCGGUGUACCACCAACGAUCAUGUACACGGGCCAUGUAUAUCCAGGUCCGGCGUCUAACGUGAUCACGUUGCAACCGAAGACGCAGUUGGAAUCGGCUUUCUUUAUACCGGAUGAGAUGCGUACCGAAAUCCUUGCCCGCAACGAGAUCUCUAAUUUGAUUAUGGAUGCAGCGGAGGCUGCGCAGCAUGCCCUGCCCAUGGAGGUGGAUAAUUAUCAUGCUUUGUAUCCCCUAGAGCCGCCGGCGCAGCCGUUGCAUGCUAAGCUAACGCUACCCGCCAGCACGUACCGGGCCACGCACAAUACAACGGGCUACAAGUACUGCCUGCGAAGGUUACACGGGUUCCGCCUGCAGUCGACCAAGUGCAUGACGCUGGUGGAGAUGUGGAAGAAGCUGCAGCACACGAAUGUGGUACAAUUGCGUGAGGUCUUCACGACGAAAGCAUUUGGUGAUAACUCUUUAGUAUUAGUGUACGAUUAUUAUCCCGGCUCACAAACAUUGCUGGCCAAAUACUUUACACCGGCGCCAGAGACCAACGGUUACACUGAUCCAUUCCAAGGCGAGGCACGCCCCUUCAGUCAUAAGAGCAACAUGCAGCGAACCAACAAUGGACCCUUGCUGCCGGAGGCCACCAUUUGGUCCAUCAUUAUGCAGCUAACCGCCGGCCUGAGGGCCAUCCAUCAGGCGGGUCUGGCUUGCAAGGUUCUGGAUCCCACAAAGAUCAUAGUGACGGGCAAGCGUGUGCGUUUUAGCUCCUGCUGCAUCUCGGACAUUACGCAAUUCGAUCCAAAUGCAGCCAAUCCAUUGGCUCUGGUCAAUAUGCAUCAGCAGGACGAUCUAACUGCUUUGGGUCGCUUAGUAUUAGCUUUGGCCUGCCGCUGCCUCCAAUCCGUGCAACGCGACAAUGUCCAGUCGAGCAUUGACAUGGUCACGCGAAACUACUCCACCGAUCUGCGUAACUUUAUAGUUUACCUCUUCACCACGAAUAACCGUCGUUCGGUGACCGAUCUGAUGCCAAUGAUUGGUGCCCGCUUCUAUACGCAAUUGGAUGCACUUCAGAGUCAGAUAGAUAUGCAGGAGGAUGAGCUGGCCAAGGAGAUGGAGAACGGGCGGGUGUAUCGCAUUUUGGUCAAACUUAAUAGCAUCAAUGAGCGACCCGACUUCAAUUUGGACUGCACUUGGUCCGAGACUGGUGAUAGAUACAUGUUGAAAUUAUUCCGUGAUUAUUUAUUCCAUUCCGUCACUGAGGAUGGCCGGCCCUGGCUAGAUCACGCACAUAUUGUCCAAAGCCUCAACAAGCUGGACGCUGGCUGCAUAGAGCGCGUGCAACUGAUGUCUCGCGACGAGCAAUCGGUACUCAUUGUCUCCUAUGCUGAACUCAAGAAUUGUCUGGAGAACGCCUUCUCCGAACUGAUGUCAAGUGCGGCCAACUGAGAGAGCGGUCGAGCGUCUCGGAAAGCAGGAAACUAGAAACACGCGCAGCUCACUUAGCCACCACCACCACCAAUUCCUCCUACGACCACUGAGAGCGACUAAGAUUUAAAGAGGAACGGAUUAGCGAUUAAGCGAAACAUUCAUUACGACUAAGAAGACAUUUGAGAACCAUUAAACAAGAGUAAAAUACGAAAA